ACAAAUGUGACAUUCGUCGGCAAACGGAAGACGCAGCAGCUGCACGCCCUUCCACAACACAACAAUAAUCCGGCGUUUUGUUUCCCCCGCUGUAUGCGGCGUAAAACAGUUUUGAUACCACGACGGGCAGAACCUGCACGGCUUCAAGAUUGAGUCUCCUAGCAUGGUCUCAACCCGUGGCCACAACACGAAGUACAAAUUCUGCGAUGGCGAAAAGGUGCUCUGCUACGAGCCGGAUCCGACCAAAGCGAAGGUCCUGUACGACUCGAAGGUGCUGGAAGUUUCCGAGGGAAAGGACAAGCGGGGCCGACGCAUCGUCGAGUAUUUGAUACACUUCCAGGGCUGGAACUCGUCCUGGGAUCGGAAGGUUAGCGAGGAUUUCAUCCUGAAGGACACGGAAGAGAAUCGCCAGCUGCAGAAGGAUUUGGCGGAAAAAUCACAGCUUUACCAAGGUGGUUAUCUGUAUCGAAAGGAGCGAAAGAAACAACGCGCCAAAAGUUUAACGGAUCGAAUCGAAAGCUUGACGAGUGCAAAGACGCAAUCCAUCAAUCCCUCGUCGGAGGACGGAAGCUCGUGCAGUAACGGUUUCAGCAGGGACGAACAUGAAUACCAUAUUGAUGACAUGGAUGAAUACUACAGCAGCUCGGUCGAGAGCUCGCACGAGGAGGAAAAGGUGUACCUGCAAGCGGGCAGCAAGUUCCGCAAGCAUCUCGACCUCGACCAGCAUCUGAUCGUGUCCGGCACGAUGCUGGUGGAGCUGCCGGCCAAGCAGCCGGUGGUGACGAUACUGGAAGAUUUCGUGCGCUACUACACCAUCCGCCAGCUGUUUGAGUGCGGCCAUCAGGAGCAAACAAAGUCCCGCCGACGCAACAGCUCAGCCGUACGCACCGAGCACAAGGUACGCGACUACGAGCAGAUUCGUACGAACGUCGAGCUGUGCAAGGAGGUGGCGGAUGGGCUGCGCGUGUACUUCGACUUUACGCUGCAGGACUAUCUGCUGUAUCCGCAGGAAAAACCACAGGCUCAGAUCGUCCUGGCCGAGGACAAUCUGCGUAGCUUCACGUACAUUGCAUCGCGCAACCUGUCCGUGGACAUGCUGGCCGUUAAGCUCGACUCGCCCACGGCGGACGUGCAUCAGCCGCUGAGCGAACAUUCCGACCAGCAGUCGUCAUCGGCAACCUCGGCGGAGGAACGUCGCCGGCGUCGAUUGCGCUCGCACAAGAACGAGGAGAACGAGUUUGUGCUGGACUUUGGAGCGCUGCAUCAAAGUACGGCCCAGCAGCAGCAGCAGCAGCAACAGCAGCAGGGACAACACAUACAGUCAAGCUUGGCGGUAGAGUAUGGGGGCGACCUUUCGCCGUUCGGUUCGAGCUUGAACAUUCUGCGCUCCAUCAUUCCGCAGAAUGUGACCAUCUCACGGGAAGCCAAAGAGGUGCUGGACGAUGUGUUUCGGUGGCGCAUCCUGCCGUCGAACGCACCGGCCGAGCCGUCCAUGAUCUAUGGCGCCGUACAUCUGGCACGGCUAAUCGUCAAGUUGCCGGAGUUUCUGUCCGCGACCGCCAUGGCUGACGACAAGCUGAAGCUGUUGCUCAAGUUUUUGGACAUAUUUGCCGAGUUUAUCGAGGAGCACGAGGAAUGGUUUGGCAAGCAGUUUUACUUCAGCCUAAAGGACAACGACAUUUGAACCGAUGGCGCCCGUCGAUUAGUGGACGGGUAUGGUUGGGCUCUUGCACGUGGAUGGGUAUUUUUCGAAACGAAACAAAUUUUCACGCAAGUGUUUGGAAUAAAUGUGACCUUAUAAACUUAAAA